AUGGGAGCCGCCGACGAGAAUCAGCCUCCUGAUCCGAGAGACCUAGGGACUGCCCUCGACGACGGCAAUCUGACCGACGACAUCCUUCGUUGUACCCAAUUCUUAUAUUCGUUGGUGCUUCUCAUUGCCUUUAUAACAGGUGCCGCCUGGUACAGCGUCUAUAAUUCAAAGAAGGACGAAGACCUUGUCCAACCCACUGUCAAGGGACCUGGUGGGAAGCCUCUGCCUAGCACGAAGCGUAAGAAGCGAGACGAUGGCGAGCGCAAGUUAGGCCCGCGUUUUGGACCAGCGGCCAAGAACGUCUUCCGCUACUUGUCGGCUAUAGUGUUCUUGAGCUAUAUAGGCACUGGCGUGUCCAUGUUCAUUCAUGCCUUCUGGCAUGAGAACCCUUAUAAAUGGUCCAGAGAAGGCUUGCCUUGGGCAGGCGAGUGGAGUGUGGUCCACGUUACUGGCUCCACGUUUUUCUACCUUUAUAUCCUUUUUUCUCUUUUUGACUGGAGGAAGGGCCCCAAUAUUGUUCACCUCACCAUCUGGGUCUUGGGAUUAUGUGGCGAGCUAGUGCUCUUCGUUACUACUUUCAUUGCGGCAGCGGAUUGCCACCUUGUUCGCUCUGAAGACAAGGAGAGUUGCAUAGAUUCUUGGACCAAGAUGGACUUGGCUCUGUAUUUUGUCCGCCUCUUACACAUCGUUGCCCUUAUCGGCUUUUUCUGCGUGGCCUGGAUCAUGAAGGCCCGUCGUGACGACCACGAGCUUGAAGCAGCCUCUUGUUCAGAGUCUACACCACUGCUUAAUGGACGGGCUAAUGGCUCGUACGAGGCGGCGAACGGCAAUGGCCAGACGUACGGCCCACAAGAACGACGAUCUCGCAGACGGACAUUGUCAAGUGCAACACGAACUGGAAGCUACGGCACGUCCCGCAAAGAAGAACAAGCUGCGUUCUAUCGCCCGGAGAAACUCCCUCGUCGAACAUGGGUGGAGUACGUUCGUGGAUACUCAUUAUUCUUUCCGUAUUUGUGGCCCAAGGAUUCGACCCGGUUGAAGUUUCAAGUGCUGUUUUGUUUCAUCCUGGUGAUUCUCCAGAGAUGUGUUAAUGCGACAGUUCCCUGGCAGAUUGGACGUGUUGUGGAUAGUCUUGGCGACGCAGUCCGACGUGUCCAACGUGGUGAACCUCUGACAGCAGAAAAUUUUCCUCUCCAAGACUUCGUCAUCUUGGGGGGUCUGUGGACUCUCCAGGGCCAAACCGGCUUACUGGGAUCUAUAAGAUCACUUCUCUGGAUUCCGGUGUCGCAAUAUUCCUAUCGAGGGCUAACAACUGCGGCCUUUAACCAUGUCCACUGUCUUAGUCUCGACUUUCACCUAUCUAAGCGCACUGGCGAGGUCCUAUCCGCGCUGAACAAGGGCUCGGCGAUUAACCAAUUUCUCGAACAAGUGACAUUCCAAGUCCUUCCGAUGCUUUUUGACCUGUUUCUCUCUAUUGUAAUAUUUUACUACGUCUUUGGGCCAUUCUACGCCGAGAUCAAUCUUGUCAAUACUUGCUGGUAUCUGUACAUGACUAUCAAGAUGGCGGCAACACGUGCUGAUCAUAGACGUGAAAUGACGAAUGCGGACCGUGAAGAGGAGGCUGUCAAGAAUGACUCUAUUUCGAGUUACGAAACUGUGAAGUAUUUCAAUGCGGAGGAUUUCGAAUCUAGGCGAUACCAGGACAAGGUCGCUAUAUUUCAGGCAGCCGAAAUCAAGGUCCAGAUGGGUAUGGUUAUGAUGAAUAUCUGCCAGACUCUGGUUUUCAAUUUGGGUAGGAUCGUCGCGUCUUUGGUCUGUGGCUGGCAAGUUGUCGUCGGCGUUCGGACUACGGGAGAAUGGUUCACAGUAGUGGCUUUUCUUACUCAACUUCAAGGCCCUCUCAACUUUUUUGGUACUUUUUACAGAACCGUACAGCAGGCCAUGAUCUCAGGUGAACGACUUUUGGAGCUGUUCAAGAUUCAACCCACGGUUGUUGACACACCACAUGCCGUACCUCUCAGAAGGUUUCGCGGUCAUGUUCGCUGGAAAAACGUCAGUUUCGCCUAUGAUAGGCGCAAACCAGCCUUGCGCAACAUUAGCUUCGAGUGUGCGCCAGGAACUACAACAGCAUUUGUUGGCGAAUCAGGUGGUGGCAAGUCGACAUUGUUCCGGCACAUGUUUCGGUACUAUGAUUGUGAUGAAGGAAGCAUAGAAUUCGAUGGCAUAGAUGUCAAAGAUCUAACAAUUGAGUCUGUGCGUCGACAGAUUGGUGUUGUGCCUCAAGAUACCACUCUAUUCAACGAGUCCCUGAUGUACAAUCUCCAGUACGCGAAUCCAUCGGCCACCGAGGAAGACGUCCAUGCAGCGUGCCGUGCUGCUAGUAUCCAUGAUCGAAUUAUGAGUUUCCCGGACAAAUACAAUACUCAGGUUGGAGAGAGGGGGCUUAGACUGAGUGGCGGCGAAAAGCAACGGGUUGCCAUUGCCCGAACGAUCCUUAAAAACCCGAAAAUUAUCAUGCUGGACGAAGCAACUUCAGCUCUAGACACCCAUACCGAGCAGGAGAUUCAGGAUAAUGUGUGGAAUAUUGGGGAGGGUCGAACUCUCCUUAUUAUUGCACACCGUCUAUCUACUAUUACUCACGCCGACCAGAUCAUUGUGCUGCACGCUGGUGAGAUCGUUGAGAGAGGAACUCAUGAUGAACUACUGGACGCCAACGGACGGUAUGCCUCAAUGUGGGAGAAGCAGAUUCGGGCUGAACGGGCCUUGGAUGCUGCCCGAGAGGCACACCUGAAAGCAGCACGAGCCGUGCGACGGGCCAACAUGGGCUCAAAGACGCCAGAGGAGGCCACCAUGGAAGAUUAUCACAGCAUUGGCUCUUCUGGGACACUCUCUGGCCAUGCCACAAGUCGUGGUAACAUGGGAGAAGAAACCACCUCGGCCUCGUCAUCUUCAUCGUCCGACGCCGAAUCGACUCAUUCUCAUGACCGCGAAGACGACCGACAUGAAAGACAAGCAAGCAUCUAA